CUUUUCUUGACACGUGCCGCAUUUUCACGAAUCCCAUCCGCCUUGAAACUGAAUCUCGAUGUUGGCUCUGCUUCACGACAAACGAUGUAUUUCCCUAAAGCAGAUGCCGCAGUUCUGUCUUCAAUACUUGCGCCGCCUCCCUCAUACCCGGAUGACGUUGGACCAAUAUUCGACCUGAACAGCGCUCAAAUUCCAUGCCCGCCAUGGUCUUUCGAGACCCAAGAGCGCAAUUACCCUUCUCAGAGGGAGGCCUUUGCGCCUGCGAUAAUACCUCCAAACAACCAGCUACGCAGCGCAGAGCGUUAUCUGCGCGCUUGCCUAGCCAGGAAUGAGAGACUCCGACUAUCUAUGUUUUGGUACCAUACACGAGACAUUUUUAAGGAAGCCGAGUUUCUCUCAGGACUGCAGGAAAAAGUAUGCGUCGCUCAGGAAUCCAUUGGUUGGGAGUGUGCUAUCGUCGGCAUUCUAGAUGUCAACUUCUACAAACGGCUCGCUGCGGUUGGCACGCCGCUUGGAAUCCUGCCACGAGGUGAAACUCUUUGCGGGCAUUUGGUUACCCAACCUCCCGGGAAUGUGUUCUUGUUACCAGACAUGCUUGAAGACUGGAGAUUCGAGAAAUCUCCCUAUGUGGAGCUUGGCGGCCUCCGUGCAUAUGCUUGUGCACCGCUCCGACUGCAGAACGAGACUGGUGAUACUGUGUGCCUCGGAACCAUCUGUGUAGCCUCUCCUUCACGUCGCCAGCCCCUAACAAAGGCGCAACAAACCACAUUAGCUCGUUUAGCCGAUUGGAUUGUUGCAGAUAUUGUCCAGCUUACAAGAGCGCGACGUCAACGAGAAAGACGCCGAAUGGUCGACAUGUUAGCGGCGGCGCAUGCUGAGACAGACAAUACCGUCUCUGAGGAGUAUAUAACGCGCUUACUCCAGAAGGUAUAUCCUGGCGCCGUAGUCAGUCUGCAAACAUGCAAGGCUGGCUAUGUGGACUUUGAGGGGCGUGACCCGGUAUUGUUAUCGGACUUCUGCAGUCAUGUUUGGGAGGAUGCGGAUUAUAUCGACGGCUUCAUUUUGAAGUCAAACCACUUGGAGCUUCCGACUGAUACAGUAGUCCGCGCAAUCGCUGUACCAUGUGAGAGUGUCUUAGGACAUUCUUAUCUCAUCGUUGGAUCCAAGGACUUCCGACAGGUCUUUGAUGAUAUUGACGCGUGGUUCGUAGAAUCGUGUGCAGGCAUUGUGUCCCAGAUGUGGCACAAGCGGCUUCUAGCAGAAGUUAUGCUCGCUAAAGAGAAAUUCUUGCGCGGAUUUUCUCACCAAUUGCGAACCCCAGUGCAUGGCAUUUUAAGUGCUGUUGAAUUGUUGGACGAAGACAUUAAGGCACGAAAAUUGGAGAGCACAGUACUGGAAUCCAUGGCAUCGCUCCAAACGAGUGCGAUCGCUAAGACCGAUGAAAACUACGGAGUCUACCUCGACACAAUCACAAGAGCCGGACGGGACUUGAUGUCAAUCAUAAACAGUAUGAUAACGCUUAACAGAUGGGCCGAUGUCGCCAUAACAGAUCGACAAUACGCAGCAUUUACGACCUACGAGCUUGAAGCGGAACUGGUCGCUAGCGUGCAGAAGCUGACCUCAGGCGAUGCACGCUACAACGCCUCAGUCUUUGUCUACCACAAUCUUCCUUCAGAUCCUUGCAAUUUCCGAACAGAAAUUGCAUUGCUACGAGACAGUCUGCUUCCCGUUGUCACCAACGCCAUCCAAAGUACUGCGGAAGGCUCAGUCGUAAUCUCCAUAUCAGUCUGUCUAGAUUCCAAAGAGCUCAUCGUGGAUAUUGAGGACACAGGCGAUGGGAUUCCUGUCCAUGAUCAAGAACGAAUUUUCGAGCUUUACGAGCAGGUCGACCCAUACUCGGCCGGCGCCGGCAUAGGGUUGACGCUGGCGUCAAGAUUCGCAGCCUUGCUCAAAGGUUCAAUCGAGCUGGUCUCCUCUGAAGUUGGUCGCGGAUCACACUUCAGAGCUACCUUUCGAGAACUUGAAGUGAAAUAUCUAGAAUCAUCUCGUCAGUACUUGCCGGCAAUCACGCAAUCAGAGGCCAUACCUCGGCAUUUUCAUGUUGUUCCGUCGAAGCCAAAUGCUCUGUCUUUGGGCGGUCUCUUCGCCAGAUCUCUGACCUGCUACGGCUUCGUUGCGACGAACGACACAAAAGACGCCCUCAUCAUUCUCGACUAUGUGGAUGAUCCGGAGGAGCACCGCGCCAUGAUUGCCAAGUUACCGUCAAACGAAGUCGUGCUCUGUCCAGUCCCGUUCCCAGAUGGAGAACGUCAUUUCGAUACCAUUUCUACAAACGUUGUCUAUGUGCAUGGUCCUUUCGGUGCUCGAACGCUGAGUGCAGCACUUGACCGCGCCGAAAAGGUUAUCUCACUGAUUGAUCAAAAGGUUGUACUCGGAGCAGAAGAGAAUCUUGUUGUGCUUCCAAAGCUCAGCUGUAAUGCAAGCAAUGACCGACCUCAACAUGAAGAUGCAGCUUGGAGAGAGAUGCCAGCCCCCAGUCUCGUUACUAACCUAGGCGCGGACCAGAGCUCUCAAGCAACCGACCCGAUGACCAGAUUCUCGCCAUUCAGGGAACGCGAACUGACUACAUCACCAGCAGAAGAAAGCCCUGACGAUGUCACCUUCCAUAGCCGCACGACGCCCACGAACAGGGAUGCUGAUGAGGUUCAACCCCCCCAAAUGAAAGGCAUUUUGACCGACCACUCACCUGCCUCCUAUCCUACUGUUCUACUAGUUGAUGACAAUGCCGUAAAUCUACGCGUACUGCAGAUGUAUUGCAAGAAGCGCGAUUUGCCAUACGUUUGUGCGAGAGACGGUCUGGAGGCUAUCUCAGUGUUCCAAAGUCGCCAAGAACGAGCGACGACAGAGAGAAAUGUGCCAAAAAUUCAACUCAUUCUUAUGGAUCUUCAAAUGCCACAAUGCGACGGCAUUGAAGCCACAAAGCGGAUACGGCUGCUGGAGAUGGAGAAGAAUUGGGGGAAGAGCGUCGUUUUCGUUGUGACAGGUCAGGACAGCGCCUCUGAUCGAGAGGCCGCACAUGAGGCGGGCUCACAGGAGUACCAUGUCAAGCCUAUUGGCAUAAAGACUCUUGACAUGGCGUUGAAGAGGUAUUAUCCCAGGUUUAUGGCGGGAACUGGUUCGUAAAGAAUAUACGUAUGAAACUGCGUGGGUUCACAGACUAGAUAUAGCUAAGCGCGAGCUUUAUAGAGGAUUGGAGUUCUUCUUCUUCCUCUUCUUCUCUCUGCCUU